AUGGCCGACCACACGAAACUGAAACUACUGAAGAUAAAAAGUUCCAUCGCGAUAGAUGAAAGGAACUCCCCCGUUGUGAUCGACAGAGAGGGGAUGGAAAAGAAGUUGAAAUCAACAGAACGGAAAAGGAAGAGAUACAAACCACGGGUUAAGUGGGACAAGGGGGAGACUGAGCGCCUCAUCGACGGGAUAAACGAGUACGGAUUGUCCAACUGGCGACAAAUUAUGGAGGCCUAUUCAUUUUCGGAGAGCAGAACCAACGUGAGCUUAAAAGAUAAAUACAGGAACUUCAAGAAGGUGUUUAUCAUAGAGAAGAACUGA